AUGAGAUUUUCAACAGUUGCUGCGAUUGCUGCUUUGGUUGCCACCGCUUGUGCGGACUUGAGCUUCCUUGACGACCUUCUUCAAGAGAAAAAGAGUAUCAUUGAUGAAGAAAAGAGUCUUCUCGCAGAGAAAAAGACACUGCUUCUUAGCUACCUCGAGGAUAAGAAGAAGAGCAUUGAGAGCGAGAUCUUUAACAAGACCAAGACUCCCGAAACUCCAUCAACCACCACUUCCACCACCACUUCUGAAGCUCCAUCGACAUCGCCAUCCUCGGCUCCACCUACGUCAACCACCACCACCACUACUGCCUCCCCUUCAUCCUCCUCCGCUCCACCAUCGUCUUCUUCGUCAAGCGCUCCACCAACUACGACCACCACCACUGCUACCUCCCCCUCAUCCUCAUCCUCCGCUCCACCAUCUUCAUCUUCCUCUUCAAGUGCUCCACCUGCUAGCUCCUCAUCAAGUGUUCCACCUGCUAGCUCUUCAUCAAGUGCUCCACCUGCUAGCUCCUCAUCAAGUGCUCCACCUGCUAGCUCCUCAUCAAGUGCUCCACCUGCUAGCUCUUCAUCAAGUGCUCCACCUGCUAGCUCCUCAUCAAGUGCUCCACCUGCUAGCUCUUCAUCAAGUGCUCCACCUGCUAGCUCCUCAUCAAGUGCUCCACCUGCUAGCUCCUCAUCAAGUGCCCCACCUGCUAGCUCCUCAUCAAGUGCUCCACAUUCAUUUUCCUCAGUUCCACCAAAGAGUUCUUCGGUUGUUCCCCCUGUUAGCUCUUCGGCCUCACCUGCUGGAUCCUCGUCAACAACCACUGAAAUCAAGACCACUGUGGUCACAAUCACCUCGUGUUCGUCAGACAAGUGUCACACGACUACUGCUACCACCGGACUCACUACAGUGACAGAAAACUCAACUGUCUACACCACUUACUGCCCAUUGACUUCAACUCCAGUGAGUUCAUCUAUCCCUUCAUCGAUCCCACCAUCUUCAUCUUCCUCAGUUCCACCAAAGAGUUCUUCGGUUGUUCCCCCUGUUAGCUCUUCGGCCUCACCUGCUGGAUCCUCGUCAACAACCACUGAAAUCAAGACCACUGUGGUCACAAUCACCUCGUGUUCGUCAGACAAGUGUCACACGACUACUGCUACAACCGGACUCACUACAGUGACAGAAAACUCAACUGUCUACACCACUUACUGUCCAUUGACUUCGACCAGCCUGGUUCCAUCAAGCACUUCGUGGUCGCCAAAACCAUCAUCUGACACCGAUACAACCGUUUUGCUCAGCAAGACCAUCCUCACUACUCUUAGCUCAUCUAGUGUCACAUCUACAACAGCUCCUACCCCAUCACCAAGCUCGUCGCCUUCAAUCGGUAUAACCACCGUUGUUACUGUUACUUGUACCGAGAACAAGUGCUCUAGUGUCACAAAGACCACCGGUGUUACUACCGUGUCCACAGGAUCAACCACUUACACCACCUAUUGUCCAAUUCCUUCUUCAGCCGUUCCAUCUAGUCCUUCCAGUCCUUCCAGUCCUUCCAGUUCAUCGACUCCAACGUUGGUUCCAGUUACCAGUUCAACUGCCCCUUCAAAGUCUUCAACGACAGUCUCGAUCUUGCAAGGUGCAGCUUCUGGAAACAGCCCAGUCUUUGCCUUGUUUGCUAUUGCAUUGGCUUACUUUAUGUAA